AUGGUCGAGGGGAAUCUCCCCGGGGAGAGCAAUGCGCACAUGGUUCAAGUGCCGGCCAUCGUCUUCUUUGUUCUGACACCCAUAUUCGUGGGCAUACGCUUUUGGUCACGGAUCAAGACAAGGUCUGGUAUAGGUUGGGAUGACUGGACAAUCUUAUUCUCAUUCUUUUGCUGCCUGAUCGUAUCAGUCCUGAUGAUCAUCUCUUGCGAGUAUGGAUUCGGCCAGCAUAUCAAGAACCUAUCAAGGCCAAACAAGUUAAUGUCACUCAAAACGUUUUAUGUAGCGCAAAUCUUCUACAAGGUCACCAUCAACCUUACAAAAGCCUCGAUCCUGCUCCUUUACCUACGUAUCUUUGUACAACGGUACUUUAGGAUUCUAUGCCACGUACUACUCAGCAUAAUUCUGACAUAUAUGGUGACCACAUCGGCUUCGUCCAUCUGGCAAUGCACUCCCAUCCCCCGCGCAUGGGAUAAGUCUAUCCCCGGCACCUGCAUCAGCUUGACGAUGAACUGGUACGCCAAUGCCGGAUUUUCUAUCGCAACUGAUAUUCUUAUUAUGGCGUUGCCACAGCAUGUGAUUUGGCGGUCAAAACUUCCGACCAAGCAGAAAAUGGCGAUCAUGAUUAUCUUCGCCCUGGGGUUGUUUGUCACCAUCACGAGCAUUCUACGCAUGACGACGCUGAAUCUCUCUACAACUAGUCCAGACACAACAUUUGACAUUGCAUCUACUCUUUGGACACUCGUCGAGGAGAACCUCGCCAUCAUCUGCGCCUGUCUACCCAUGUGCCGUAUCCCUCUGAAACACAUCUUCCCGUUAUACUUCGCUUCAAAGAAGGACUCGAGUGUUGGGUGCUACGAAAUCGGCUCCGCACCGCAUACGAAUGACAGCACCCUCAUCCGAACCAGUACGAACCGUAACGACUGGCACCCAUACCCGGGUAGCGAAGGGAGGAAUGGUACCCAUAUGAUGGAACUAGAGGCAAAAGGUGCUGAAGUCAGGAACGAUACGAGUAAGGAGUACAUAUUGCCCGUCAAUAUAGAAGAUGGGCACGUAAGGAGCACAUCGCGAGAAUGA